CUCUGCUGUGUGUGUGUGUGUGUGUGUGUCACCGGGGGUGUGGACGCACAGAAGGGGUGGAUCACGUGUGCGCGCCUCUCCGUGCGCGGCCCGUGGAGCCAUAAAGGGCUCACUUUACCUGUCGUGCGCUCAGGUCGAUCCGGUUGCCAGACUUGUUUCGGUCCUUUCCUUCCCGUCGGUCAGAGCUGAGACAUCUCUCCGCGUCUCUGAUUGGCUGCAGAGGAGCGAGCAGCUCCAGCCCACCCACCGCUGACUAUAGGCACUGUGCACACUCUCUCUCCUUCCUUGCAUUGAGUCUGGGACCUGGCCUGGGGGCUGUACGGCACACACACAGCGCGUAUCAUGGCAGCUACUCACAGCGAGUACCGAGGCUACCUGCGGAACACCGUCGACAUCGAGGCAGGCCAGCACCGCUUCCACCCGGUGCAGAGCUCGGAGCCCACGUACCGGCCGCUCCUGUUCGGAACGCUUGCUGUUAUGGGAUUGCUUCAGGUGGCUUCCAGCGUGGCGAUCUUAUUGCACCUGACGGGAUAUCUGCAGGAGGUAGACCUGUCCACAGCCCCUCACCGGCCCUUAGAGGAGGUUCAGACGGAGCCGGUGCUGAACGCUCUGAGGGACACGAGGAAAAACAGACAAAGGUGCAAAACUCCCAAAGAGAGCCUGCCAUCAGCUCAUCUACCAAUCAGAGCGCACACGGAGCCCUACAAGAAAGGCGAGGCGAAGGCCGUCAUCAUUGAUUGGGACGAGGUGCACGGAUACCGCCACAGGAUGGGCUACCAGAAGGGCAAACUGCUGGUGGAGGAGUCGGGGUUCUACUAUAUUUACGCCAAGACCUGCUUCCGCUACUACAAGUAUGGCGGGGAGGAGAGCAUCCAGUCCGGGGUCCAGCCGGUGGACGUGAGCAACACCCAGCUCAUCCAGUACGUCUACCAGGAGAGCAUCAAACAGAACAGCAAGUCUGUGCUGCUGAUGAAGACGGGCAGCACCAUGCGCUGGAACAACACCAGCUAUAACAUGUACUGCGCCCAGCAGGGCCGCGGCGUCCGGCUGGAGGAGGGGGACACCUUGUAUGUCAACGUGUCCAACGCGUGGAUGCUGGACCCCGAGGGAGAAGGGACGUAUUUUGGGGCGAUAAAGUUGGGUAACUGAAAAUGAAACACGUGGGGAGCGGACAUGCUACUGAACAUUUGAUAUGCCAAAGAACCACUGUUAAUGAUUUCUAAUGUUAAUUUGUCAAAAAAGUGUUUUUUUAUUGUUCAUGUGUUUGAUUUUUUUAUACAUUGUUCUUCCCCAAAUGGAGCCCUUUUUAUGAGACAAAGCAACAAUAGAAGGUGGCCGUCUCGCCCCCCACAGACACACCGCUCUCAUCUUCAUCCAAGAUAGCACUGGACUCUUUUUAAUAGACUUUUUUUGUGGUUGGUAUUGUGAAAUUUCAGUACAUUUCAGCCUAUAUUUCAACAUUUAGACUUAAGCACCGACAUGUGUUUAUGCACUAAUUAAACAAAGCGUAAGGGAGCAACUGAGGAAGUCAGUUUGUUGGCGAGGAGUGCAGCGUGAAGGGAUUUAUCAGUGCUGGAACGGAAGAUUGCAGCUGAUAGAGCAUCUGCUUGUACUUAGCAGAUUAUCACAGAAGAAGAAAUAACACAGCUCCCAGGUCUGCCUCUGAAUGAUGGCAGGGAAUGCUCAAAUGUUUUCCUGAAAGGUUUUGUAAGUGCGAACAAGGCAGGCAAUGAGGCGUAGAACAGUAAGUAAGUCAACAGCAUCAUUGGAAAAUAUGCAGCUAGAUGUUGAGUGAUUAAACCUCCGAGGCAACAUUUAAACUUAAUGCAAUGAAAGAUUAAUUCGACAGGUUUUUUAAGCAACAACAGUAGUUAAAAAGAAGGUCAUGUGUGUGCGCCAGAAAGUCAUUUGUUAUCCAGUUUCCUGUCUUAAUGAUAUCUAACGAGCGGCCUGCUUCACUGAAGGCAAAUUACACGACAAUGUCAUUUAAAACUGAGGAGGAAAUGACACAUGUUUGUUAUGUUUAUGACAAUCAACAAGCGAUGCAGAUAGCUGGACUGUCUGACCAUAAAUGACAUGAAUAGACUCUUUGUCUUCUUUAACUAGAGGAACCAAAUUGAGUUUGGUUCAUCUUUUAACUUAAAUUUUUGUUUUUUCAUUUGGCUCUUCAGGGAGGUAAAUGGGAAUAUGCACUAAAUAUUUAUUUAUUAGCUAUAGAAGUACAGAGACGGGUCAUUGUUAAAGUGACCUAUCGACUGUAAAAAAUCAUUUAUAUUUUAUGUCUGUAUGACAUUUAUUAUGCAGCACUUAGAGGAAAUAGUAGACACGCUUUUUGUUAUUAAAACACAGGGGCUUCAUUUUAAAUUCCAUAUUUAUGUAUCUCGAUUUUGACAAUUCUGUGUGCACUUGCCUAGCCAAAAGCAAUAUGAAUAUAUUGUUUCUUCUACAAGAUUGUAGCAAACCUGUAAGAUCUUCAUUUGACUUCAUCCGAUAGAUUUUUUUUUUUCCAUUCAGUGUUUUUUUUAAUUUAUGUUUGUGUAUGUUUUAAUAAAAAAAACUACUUUUGUAAUGAGAGUUUCAUGUGUAUUGACAUUCCGGUGC